GGUAACAUCGUUCCGCGGUAGAUAUACACCCCUAUUAUAAUUCGAAUUCGCCUCGUUCGACCGAACAUUGUCGUGUGGAGUGCAGUGAAUUAACGUGGUAGUGCUCUUCGAAUGUUAUAGUCGCCUGGUACCAAAACGGACUUAUGUAUUUAAAUGAAAAAUGUAAACGGCGAGCGUAAUGCGCCUACGCCUGUGAUGUCUCUAAUAUGCAGUGGGACAGCCUCUACUUCGUGUUUCUAGCGUUAUGCUGCAUUCAUACUGCAUCUGAACCGUUGCGCUUUCCUGAAGAUUAUCGAACAAAUGUUGUUCGAAGACGUCGAAGCGAUGAGAAGGACAAUCUCGCCUUGUCCAGGGAGAUAUUCAAAAAUAUCACGAAGCAACUACGCGAAAAUAUCAAGCGUGAAGGAGCGACUGACAGAAACGAUCAUUUGUUACAGAACAAGGUAGAAGAGUCUCGUCCCUAUGUGCCGUACCAGAGUUACCAUGAUCAUCAUCAUGAGCACCAUUGGGGCCCGUACUUCGAGGAAGAGAAGUACACCCAAGUGACGGCCCAUGUUGGGGCGGAGGCCUUGUUGAAUUGUAGAGUCGUCAUGCUCAAGGACAAAACGGUGAUGUGGUUAAGAAACACAACGGAGUCUGCACAACUCCUCACCGUUGGUCCAGCUUUAUACGCCGGCGACAAUAGGAUAGCAGUAAAGUUCCAAUACCCAAACAACUGGAGACUCAGUAUGAAUCCAGUGAAGUUGACAGACGCUGGUCACUAUAUGUGCCAAAUAUCCACACAUCCCCCAAGAACGAUAUUCACAAACCUCACAGUUUUACCUCCUGUAAUAUCCAUAAACGGUGACGAAACACAUGAUGUGAAAGACAGAUUUUAUAAAGCGGGUAGCGCUAUAAAAUUGUCUUGUAUCAUAUCAGAACAAUAUGUGUCAUCUAUACCUAUUAAGGCCCCGUUGACGACGCCUAUACCUACAACCACACCCCUACCUACAACUACUACCACAGAAUUAACAACAAAAAUGAGUACAAUAUUCAAUAGAAUAGAUUUAAUGAUGAAUAAAAGCUGGAGUGUCGAAACUACGACGAUUACUUCAACUGUUAGCGUAAGUACUACAACUAAGAAAGCACCAGAGAAGACCACGACUGAACUGACUACUAUGAAACCUACAACACCUCCAGUAGAAAAUAAUAUUUAUGGAAUUUUUUGGAAGAAACAAGGGAAAGAUUUCACUGAUAAUGUCUCUUGGAGGAAUAUGAGUGCUACUAUCAGUGUAAGUUCAGCAUCACAGAAUGACAGUGGGACGUAUACAUGUCACCUACAGAACCAUUCUCAAGUCACAAUUAAUGUUCACGUUUUGAUCGGGGAGAACCAAGCCGCUGUACAACACAACACAGGGAACAAAGGAACACUUUUCUGGCAACCCCGAGUUUUGGCCUUUGUUUCCUGCACAACUCUUCUAUUAUUUUAUCCGUGAUCAUGUAAUACUUUCAAAUUAUGGUAUUGAAAAUGUUAUGCAAAGAGAAAAAGUUUUGUUGUUGCUACAAUUAAUGAAUGUCGCAUGUGAUCUGGGGACUAAGUGCCAGUUAUUUUUUGUUUUAAUGCGAUUGAAACAUAACAGCGUUUAGCUUUCUAAUUGGUUGGUAAAUUUGGAGUAACCAAUCAGAGCGCCAAACGUCAAAAAUGUGUUGAUCUCUUUGACUUAAAAAAAACUUGCUCUAGGUCCUCAGAAGUAUUAAGUGCGAUAUACGGUGAGAACAAAAUUUGUUGAAAUUGUUAUAUAAUUGAUCAUUCUAUCAAAGUAAUAAUCCGAAUGUAAACAAAUUACAAUCUAGACAGAUUUCGCUAGGAGUAGAACCAGAUUUGUGUAUUUAGAUGAUUCAAGAAUUCAUUACGAUUUAAAGUGAUAGGUACUUAUAUCCACCGAAUAUCAGAUACUUACGUGGUGUAUAUUCUCAUGUUUAAAACUUUUGCAAAAAACCAAAGAAUGUGAAGUAAUGUAAAAAUAUUUUUAUUGUGUCAUAAAACCUUUGUAUUCAUGACACAAUCGACCAUGACUUAGAAUAACUAAAGUUAAUAUACCAUGCAUAUAAACUAGUCUAGCGAAAAAAAAAACUUCUAAAUCUGUUGUAAUAUAAAUUCGAAUAGGAGAAAGAUUUGUCGAGAAGUAACAUUUUUUAAGACAUUAAACGUGGCUUUGUAAAAAUUCCGAUGAUUUACAAGUGACAUCGCGUAAUUCACGACGGUGCAUAAAAUGGUCGUAAAAUUUUUUAGUACUUUUUUUAGUAUGCUAUGAGUGACAUCACGGAGUACUGGCCGUGAAAAUGUAAUUUUAAAAUUGUGUAAAUAUUAUAAUUUUACCGUUGACGUAA